AUGAUAAUUAAUUCUCAUUUAUUACCAUUAAAUAUUGAUAAUGACGUUGGCCAAGAGUCUGAUUCCGAAAGCAGCUCAAUUGAUUCGGAUAUCGAAAUUGGCGAUACGAAACAAAUAAAUCAAGAUUUUAUUCAGGUGAACCUUAACAAUGAUGAUAAUACAAGUGAAGACGGGUACGAAAACUCGACAACUUCUGAUAACAAUGAAGAAAUUAUUUGUUCUACUCAUACACCAAAUAUUCCAACGGCAAAAACGACAACUAAUUCAACUCAUCAUAAACGGCGACAAUGGAAUGUUCAAGAGAAGUUAAAAAUUGUUUCCAAACUGAAUAAAGGUGCUUCUUUACAUGCUCUUGAAUUUAAAUAUAAAUGUACAAGAAAAAUGAUACGUGAAUGGAAGAAUAAUGAAGAUCGAUUAAAUAGUUUAGUGAAAGAUAAAGGUGGUAAAGGCAAAAAGGGUAAACGAAUGGAUGGUGCUGGUACAAAAUUAACCUAUUGCGAUUUGGAUCAACAUCUAAUUAAAUGGUAUCGAUCAAAACGAGGUUCAGGUCAAGAAAGUGUCGAUACUCCAAAGGAAAAAGUAACAUUUAAAGCUAUGAUACGACAAGGACAACGAUUUUGUGCUGCAAACCAAAAUCAAGAACCAUCGAAAAAAUAG